GGUCAUAUUCCAGUUCUUCCCCAGUUCGGUGCCCUAAUCGUCCAAAUGGCGAGCUCUCUGCAACGUCUUUUCAGUCCUGCCCGUCGCCUUGGCAGAUCCAACGUGGUUCCGUUGUCGAGACCGUUCUCUACAGACUCACUGGUCGAGAUCAAGCCCGGCGAGAUUGGGAUGGUCUCCGGCAUCCCCGACGAACACCUUCGCAGGAGGGUUGUAAUCUUCUCACCUGCUCGGACUGCCACACAACAAGGAUCAGGAAAAGUUGGAAGUUGGAAGAUCAAUUUUUUGUCAACACAAAAAUGGGAGAAUCCACUGAUGGGUUGGACAUCUACUGGGGACCCAUAUGCCAAUGUUGGAGAUGCUGGACUCAGUUUUGACAGUGAAGAAGCUGCCAAAGCAUUUGCAGAGAAACAUGGUUGGGAAUACAGGGUUAAGAAGCACCAGACACCACUGUUGAAGGUCAAGGCCUAUGCGGAUAACUUCAAGUGGAAGGGCCCUCCCAAAACUGGGGAAAACUGAUUUUAUAUUAACCAGAAUCUUCUCUAGUUCUCAUCUUGGUUCUUGAUUAUUACUUUGAAGUUAAAGCAUGUGUUAAUGCUUCGGAGGCUUGGGUCUUCUUCAUUACUUCGAGUAAAGCAGGUGCUGAAGCUAUAGAGCUUUCCAAAGUUGUUCUCCCGUUUCAUAAACAAGGCAUUCCGAUUUCUUUAAAUGCUCAUAUUUGUCCAAUAAAGAAUUGAAAAUGUUGGGUGGCCAAA